AUGGAAAGAGGCAUUAGUCGUAGUCGGCGCUCCUCGAUGGCUGUGGCGAUGACGAUGGUGGUGAAAGGCGAUGAAAAGUGCACGAACGGUGGUGGUGUGUGUACAGGACUCGAUGAGAUCAUAACGCGGCGAGUGAAUGGAUGUUGUUAUUUUGACGAGGACGACGAGGACGACGAGGACGACGAGGACGACGACGACGAGCCGAGCCCGAAAACCAACUCCAUACCUCAUCCUCACACAAUGAACACUCAGCACCAACCCGAUAGACGGACACCACUGGCGCCCCCUCCCUUUGUCCCUAUUCAAAUGUGCGACCGCGUUAUUGAUAGAGCUUCCAGAGAAAAAAAGAAAAGAAAAGAUGCUAAUAAGCCAAGUAAACGUACUCGGGAAAAAUUCCAGAAUUCCCAGGAGAGAGUCGAGUUUAAGUCUCCUUCGGCAGAGAUUCUGGACAUCUCAUAA